AUGAGAAAUCAGCGGGUUCCGAUUGAUGAUAUUCAAUUAUUCUAUUAUCCAUCAUUUGGAAUGUUUUCGCGCAAAAAAAUCGAUAAAAUACCAAUCGAAUUAAUGGCAAAAGGUGGAAUUUUGGCGGAUGAAAUUGGACUUGGAAAAACUAUUGAAAUGUUGGCAUUGAUUGUGUCGAAUCAGAGAAAAUUCAGGAAAAUUGCGGCGAGGAAUGAGAAGUUUGAACGAUUGAAUUGGGAGGAAUAUGUGGAUGUGAGAUAUAUUUUGAUGCAAUAA